UCCUGUACGCCUUCGUCUUCAUACACAACUCACAACAGCAACCGAUGGGAGAGCCAGACCAACCCUCUAAACCACGCAGUGUCAAGUCCAAGGCAGCCGCUGCACUCGGAUUGACACGCAAAGAGCACACUCAGCCCAUCCUCCCCAUCAGUGACCCCCACACCCGUCCCGGCCAAAGUGGGCCAGAUGCGCAGCGUGGAGCUUCCGACAGCAGCUCUCUCACUGAGAAACCUAUCAUCAAACAUGGCUCACGCAACAAGCGCGACAACAAUGCACACAACAACAAUGCUGCACACAACACCUCGUCGUCUGCCCCAGGCGUGCUUAAUACCACGGCCGAUGGAGAGACGGCGUCCACCGUAGAGUCUGCCAAGCUUCCGCUGUGGUCUCCCACGCGGUUCAAGAACGGAUCUCUACGAUUUCUCACCCACACCAAGAAUGCCUUGACAUGGAGUUGGAUCAAUGUCCUGCUGGUGUUCGUACCCAUCGGCAUCGUCGUCAAGGUCAUCGGCCUGAAGGCUGAGCUCAUCUUCUCCAUGAACGCCAUUGCCAUUAUUCCUCUGGCAGGCUUGCUUGCGCACGCGACCGAGGUUUGCGCUACACGUGUUGGUGACACUUGGGGCGCGCUUCUCAACGUGUCGUUUGGAAACGCCGUCGAGCUUAUCCUCUUCAUCAUCCUGCUCCAGUCGAACCAGCUUGCAGUCGUCCAGGCGUCAUUAGUCGGAUCGAUUCUGGCGAACUUGCUUCUUAUCUUAGGCAUGGCCUUUCUUCUUGGAGGGUUGAAGUACCAAGAGCAGGUCUACAACAGCUACGUCACGCAGAUGAACGGUGUCAUGCUCGCUCUUGCAGUCAUGAGUUUGGUCAUUCCCACUGCAUUCCACGCCGCGUUCCAGGACUACAAGAUUGCCGAUCACGAGACGUUGUCCGUGAGCCGUGGCACAAGCAUCAUCCUGUUGAUCAUCUACGGACUGUAUCUGCUCUUCCAGCUCAAGAGUCACAGACACCUCUAUGCCAGCACUCCCCAGCACAUCGUCGACGAGGAGUCUCAUCCUGGUGUUCUGGCAGACGUAUUCGACUCGUCCAGCUCCUCAUCGUCGAGUUCCAGCAGUGAUGAUAGCGACUCCUCCAACUCAUCACAAGGAACCAUGAGGCGGAAGGCCAAGCGUAUGGUUAACCGUCUACGUCGCAAGUCGAGCGCAAGCUCCAGAGACCUUCCGUCUGCACACUCCAUCACGAGUUCUGGUUCUGUGGAGAAUCUCGGAAGCCACUCCGCAACGAGGAAUGCUAGUGUGCAUGAUGCCACUGCCGAAGGCGGCCACGUCUCUCGUCAGGUGGCAUUGGACGCUGUCAUGAGCGGCGAUGAGGCUGACGACGACCAAUACGCUCCUGUUAUUCGCGACUUCGAAACGGCCUCACACACCUCUCUUCCUCACACCAAGAAGGAGAAGCGCAGGCACAAGAGCCGGAAGCACCACAAACGCGAUCUUGAGAAUCUCACCGACGAAAAGAAAAUGGACGAGAAGCACCCUGAACCGACAAGUACCAGGCCCAAGGUCGCCUUUUCAGAGGACAUCCAAAACGGAGAGGUCACCUCAUCCGCCACCCGUCGUCCGUUCCGACCCGCUCUUCCGUCGCUGCUCUCGAAUAACGUGUUUGUCAAUCCUCAGGGCGCUGUUCCAGCUGGACAAGCUCCUGGAUCUCUGCGUCGCAGCAGGUCAUUACCCGAGCGCAUCAACCGCGAGAAUUCGCAGGUGGGCGUGGCCAACCGCACUUCAAUGCUUCCGGGGGUACCAGCUGCUGUCACUGUAGGAGAUGACGAAGAACACGGCCCUGCCAUGUCGAUGAAGGCCGCCAUCUUCAUGCUCCUCAUCAGCACCGGUCUGGUAGCCAUCUGUGCCGACUUCAUGAGCGAUGCUAUCGACCCCAUGGUUGAGAGCUCUGGUAUCAGCCAGGCCUUCAUCGGUUUGAUCGUUAUUCCCAUCGUCGGCAACGCCGCCGAGCACGUCACUGCCGUUGCGAUGGCGAUGAAGAACAAGAUGGAUUUGGCUAUCGGUAUUGCAGUCGGAUCUUCCAUCCAGAUCGCUCUCUUCAUCACACCUCUUGUUGUCAUUCUGGGCUGGUGCAUGGGCAAGCCGAUGACGCUGUACUUCAACAUCUUCGAGACGGUGUGUCUGUUUGUUGCGGUCCUCAUCGUCAACUUCCUCAUCUUGGACGGAAGGAGUAAUUACCUCGAGGGUAGUCUGUUGAUUGGCUCGUAUGCUAUCAUUGCGCUCUCGAGUUUCUUCUACCCGAGUGGUUGCGCGGCUAGCGCUAUUGGCGGUAAUGAAGGGGUUUGUUAGGACAUGACGAUUGAAAUGGCUAGGAUGAUGAUGGGGACGGAAGGUCGGUGAUGAAGUUACGAUGGGGAUUUAUGAGUUUCUAUGGACAGGUGUUGCGUCAUGAUUCCUCGCUUGCCUGCUGUCUGUCUGUCUCUACCCUACAUACACCUACAUAUACGUAUUGAGCCGACUCUGAAUAGUCUAGUCUAUUAAUUUGAAUGAACCUGUCUAUCAUACCGUCAUCACAGUGCAAGUCAGUGUGACGUCUUCAUUGUCUUUCAUCACGCCUGAAUUCUUGUCCACAUGGUGUCGGUGUGAGUCUUUGGUGGUUGUGAGUUGACGUCUAUGUUGUAGUUUCCCAAUUCAGACCAGCAUACUCGCUCUUGACGUGCUUGUGUUGGAGUCAUAUAACCAUAUGUUUGGGAUGAUGGAUGUCAUUUCACGAGUAAUAACCGCAAGU